UAGCUUGUUAGUUAGUUUAUUGAUGCUGGGUUACCAAAGUGAUGUAUUAGCAAAAUACAUAAUAUAAAUGGUAAUCUCUCCUCUUCCUGGCUUGUGAGUGUGGCUAGUUAGGUAGGUAGGUAGUUAGUUACUUAACACAAGUGUACCAAAGUGAUAUAUCAACAGAAGACAAUUCAAAAUAAUAGUUAAUACAAAAUAGCAAAGCAUAAUUCACAUCUGUCCUCUGGUCACAAACAAAAUAACAAGACUUAUAGUUGAGCAUAAUUAAUAUAAUCUAGGUAAAAGUAUUAAGGACUUUGUGUGCAUAAAUCACAUAGACAUGAGUGUAACUGUAGUGUAUUAAUGGUUAUAUGAAAGCAAGGCCACACACAGACUGGUAAUUAGGGAUCUGCAGGAAUUUGUGAGCUAAGUGAAUUUUUUUCCUGUGUCAGAGUGAGUGAGUAUGAUGUUAGUAACCCUCGCCUACUAACUUCCAGACACUGACUAUUUAUUUAUGGGCAAAAAAUAUACUUUCUUUAAAUCAUCAUGUACACCAUGAAGGGACUACCACUGAAAUUAAUUAACUAAAUUAAUCUGAACUCACCCAAACCUAACCUAACCCUCUGAUGAAAAUGCAAAUGUUAUUCAGUAUCAUCCUUGUGACUUUGUACAGCAUAGCAUGUGCUUCAUAACAUUUUGUGUGCGGUGUGGACUGUCAUAUAUCCCUCUUAGGUGUCCACAGCAUAACAGAGUAACCCAACUCCUGAAGACAAGCUGAUGGAUGUAUUAAGCUUCACUAGAAUAUUCUUUCUUAUGUGAGCAAGAUAUAAUUCAGAGGUUAAAGAUGUCAGAUGUCAGCUUGCUGGACACACUAAAAUGGAGUGUAGGUGGCAUAUCUUCCCUGGCCAUGAUGUUUGGGGGCGUGGUCCCUUACAUCCCUCAGUACCUGGAGAUCCGUCGCACAGAAAACACCGAGGGGUUUUCUCUCUAUGUCUGCCUCGUGCUUCUGGUGGCUAAUACUUUAAGAAUAUUGUUUUGGUUUGGCCAUUGGUUUGAGCUCCCCCUGCUUUUCCAAAGUGUCAUCAUGAAUGUGGCAAUGAUGAUGCUCAUAUCACUGUGUGUGUCUAUCCGCAAGAGAGGACAGCUCAUACAUAGCAAAGAACAUGUAUUUACUGAUUUUGACUAUGACUACUUCUGGGAGUGGACCGACAUGCAGUCCUAUGUGGAAUUCAUGCUGACGUUCUCCACAAUGGGCUGCCUCCUCAUGUACCUGUUCAUUGACUCAGCAGUGUUUGUGGAGACCGCCGGCUUCAUCUCGGUGCUAACAGAGGCACUUCUUGCUGUGCCACAGUUCUACAAGAAUUUUAUCACUAAAUCUACCUUUGGAAUGAGCCGCCAGAUGGUGCUGAUGUGGCUGGUGGGAGACACAUUCAAGACAGUGUAUUUCUGGGUACGCUCAUCUCCGCUUCAAUUCUUUGUGUGUGGUUGCCUGCAGAUUGCCAUUGAUAUUCUAGUCCUCGGGCAGUGCUUUAUAUAUAGGAAAAAGAACUCACACCUAAUUAAUUGAGUUAUUCAGUAGUUUUAUGAAAUGGAGUUCAAAGAUAAAGACAGCUUUUUUAUCACUUCAUUCAUUGAUACAUUUAGAACUGUAAGUUUCCAUAUAUUUCUCUCGCUGUAAUGUUAAGGAGGUACUUCAGAAUCAAAUGUAACUGCCUCUAAUUUUUUUUGUAGAUCCAGCAAUCUCAAAUAUUCAGGUUUUUGGCUUUGUGACUCACAUACAGUGUAAUUUAAAUGAGUUUAGUACUUACAAGAGUGGCGUGAAAAUUCAAAGGUUGAAAUACAGUACACAUAUCAGACAGCUUUCUGUAUGUUUCUUUUUUUUUUUUUUUUUUUUUUUAUAUAUAUAUUACAGAACAAAGGUAUUUAUUUAUUGUUUAUGCUAAUUUAAUUUUUUUAGUUAAGUUAAACCUGCACAAGUGCCUUUCCCUUUUGGGAAGUAUACACUGCCUCCAUUCAUCAACAAGUAAUAAUGCCAUAUCAGGUUGUAUCAACUAUGGAUGCCUUAUGAGACGUUAGUUGCGUCCUGAAAGGUGCUGCACGUUUGUUCCUGGACGAGUUGUAACCAGUGGGAUAAUGACUAAGGAAAUGCUCCAUUGUUGUUUUUAUAAUUAAGGUUGUGCUGUGUCCAAUAAAGAUUUUAUCUUUUA